AUGGGUUGGAUUUGGUCUAGAGAGUCUCAGAAGGAAAUAGAAAGAGAGAGAGAAGCCUUCCGUCAGAGAACAGCUGCCUUCCAACAGCACCUUGAGGAGAAGUACCACACCAUGAUCUCAGAAAAUCGCCGGGCUGUUGCACAGCUGUCCUUGGAGCUUGAAAAGGAACAAAACAGAUCAAGUAGCUAUCGAGAAGCCCUUAUCUCGCAGGGCCGCAAGCUGGUGGAAGAGAAGAAGCUUCUGGAACAGGAACGGGCGCAGGUCAUGCAAGAAAAGAGGCAGCCCUUGCGGAGAGUGUAUGAGAGCUGCCUGGAGAGGGAGGAGGACUGGCAGAGGAGAGCCCGGCUUCUGCUGAAGGAGUUCGAGGACGCGCUGAGCGAACGGCAGAGCAUCUUCUGCAGCCUGGUCCUCCCUCGCCGCAGGCGGCUGGAGAUUGAGAAGAGCCUGCUGGUCCGCGCGGUCACUGACCCCGUGGCUGCUGACCUGGAGAUGGUGACUGGCCUCACAGACAUAUUUAAACACGACACGUACUGUGGGGACAUCUGGAACACCAACAGACGUCAAAACGGGAGGCUCAUGUGGCUGUACCUUAAGUACUGGGAGCUGAUCGUCGAACUGAGAAAGUUUAAGAGAGUAGAGAAAGCCAUAUUGGAAAAAUGA